AUGUACUGGCCGGCUGCCACCCCGCGUGUCUUCAGCACGAGCACCAGCACCGAGGCCGCUGUGCCCGCCGUGACGAUCUCUCAUGAUGGCCUGCCCCCUCCACCCGCUUCGGGCCCGUCUGCGUCGCCACUGCUGUCGCAGGACCAGCAGAGCAGGCGUCCAUCGACUCUCUCGGCCAACCAACCGCAGUUGUCCCGUACCGCGUCCAAUACCAGCCAGCAUUCGAAUCACGACUCCCUCGGCAUACCGGUUCCCGCCGCUUCUCCUCGGGUACCGACCACACCCUUAACACCCAUGACACCCGCGAUCAAGUCUGUCGAGCACGGCUACUACGGGAAUGAUGGCUUCGGCGACGGCCUCUACCCGCGCCGUGUGUCGCCGCUUGUCGUGCCGUCAUCCGAGCCCAUCCUUGCCUUGCGAAUGUCUCGUACGAGCCAAUUCUUCGCCACAAUCACAGCCACGUCAAUGACGAUCUGGCAGACAAAACCGACUGUCAUUCUGGCUGUCAUUGUGCGCUCGGAAGGAUCUCUGGCAUCCUACGGCGAGAAUGUUGACCUCUUCGUCCGCCCCGACUGUGCCAUUCUAGUUGUGUACACAAGUCGAGGCUUCCUUAUCACCUACUCCAUGGCCACCUCCCGUGAGACAGAAGUCUACCGGCCGCAGUUCACCAACCCCACCAACAUCCAACGCCGUCGCCAGAACCACGUUGGCGACCCUGGCCACGAUCAUCCCGAGCAAAUUCUAUGGGGCCCUGGCGAGGGACCCGGCAUACGCGAUGUCAGCAUCCGAUUUCGAAUGGUGAUCAAGGUUGAUGCAGGCAUUGAGAGUGCUCUAGCCUUGGAUGACGAGCUUGUUGUGGCUACAACGAAGCCUGCUGCCGUACAGUGCAUUCGCUGGGCGCCGGACAACAACGGAAGCCAGACCAGCACGGAGCUGCUGAGCCGCAUGGGCUGGUUGGAUAAGAAAGCGACCGUCCGUGAGAUGAUCUUCGACAAGCCAAUGAGUCUCUCUACGUGGGUGACCAAUGACGGCAAGGUUUAUGCUGUGCAGCGCAACACAGACUCCUCGUCGCGGUCUGCGACACCUGCAAAUACCACCGAUGCGCCGUCAACAAUAGUUCCACCCCCCUCGGCGUCCGACACGCUGGACACACCUGCCACCAUAACUACCACGACAACAACUGCCUCCAGUACUACAUCUACUACUACGGAUGCCCCAAUAACCACUUCCGCUUCUUCGUCUUCUUCUUCGUCCACACACUCCACCUCGUCUCACAAAAAGCUCUUCCGGGGAUAUAACCUCCACCACCCCAAUUCCGAUGACGAGCAUGCCAUACGGGCUAUCAUCAACGCCCGUUUUUCUCUUAUUGCCGUGGGGUGCGUGGAUGGAAUUGUGCGCGUAUAUUCUGUCAAAGACUACGUGGGAAGUAUUCCACUAAGCCAUACCCACGUGCCGCCCGUAUCGGUUUUGACCACUGGCCGCCUGACAAAAAUGGCAUACUCGCCCGAUGGGUACUGCCUGUUUGCAGGUUACGAAAAUGGCUGGGUGACAUGGAGUGUUUACGGCAAGCUUCUGGGCCACUCCUUUAACAGCGAACGCGCCAUGGCAGACAAAAAUAACGAGGAGUGGUUGACCGGUAUACGGGAUGUAUCGUGGGUUGGCCAGUCGGGCGACGUCUUGCUUGUCGCUAAAGAAAGCUCAGCCAUCUGGUUUUUGGAAAUGGCAAGGAGUGCCUCUGCCGGUUGCUAUAGUCACUCGAAUUUGUUUCGCACCGUAUUGCACACCAACCAGAACAUUAUGGUGUACCGGGGCUACGACCUACCGGAUAUGACAAGCAUCUCGGCCGAACCUUCGCUUUGGCAUACAGCUCGCAUCCCUGCCAACUAUCUCUUAAACCAAUGGCCCAUCCGCUGUGCGGUUAUCAGCUCAGACGGCCGCUACGUGGCCGUUUCCGGGCGCAGGGGUCUCGCACACUACAGUAUCAACAGCGGUCGCUGGCGAACGUUCGCCAAUAAAGCUGCGGAAGAUGAGUUUCAAGUUCGUGGCGGUAUGUGUUGGUACCGCAAUACGCUUAUCGCUGCCGUAGAGGCAAACCGAUCAUUCGAGUUGCGGCUCUACGAACGCGAGGCGAUCCUUGACAACAAUAACAUCGUCUUUAGGGAACCCAUGAAGUCUCCCAUCGUCCUUAUCACCACAACCGGAGAAGAUUCCUUGCUGGUGUAUACCUACGAGAACAUCCUUUAUCACUACAUAUUUGUCCCUGCAGCUAAUGGAUCUUUGCGGCUUAUGCGCAUGGGCCACAUUGGAUUUCAUGGGAUUGUACGCAGUCCUGCGCGUGUUCGUGGCUUGAGCUGGGUCCUCCCAGAAGGCCAGUUAUACGAUGGCGACCCCUCGUUGGAUGUAUCUAUGGCAUCCGUGUUGUUCCUGGUUGACGGCAAGCUCGUCCUCUUCCAACCGUCUAGAAAUGAGCACGGCGGAAUCAAAUACGACAUGCGCAUUAUUGCUCAGACGGUGGAGUUUUACGUUUGCAUGAAGGACCAGCCUUUUUCUUUCUUGCCCGCUGCCGCUACCGAGACACCUGUCGCGCCCGGAUCUAUCGACUCUGACGAGACGCUGCAGAACUCUCUUUGGCUCUUUGACGCCGGCGAGCUUAAACUGUGGACUGACACCCACGCUGCCCUCGAUGCGGUGGCAAACGGCACCGUGCAGCCACCCAUCACCAUCGAUCUGGACUUCUACCCCCUCUCCAUCCUUCUCUCCAAAGCCCUUGUUUUGGGCGUUGAACCCGACCUAGUGCAGCGGCGGGACGUCAACUUUUCCUUUUUUCGGUACAACAUACGGGUUCUUGACGAAGAAGUUGAUUCGGCACCAAAGCCUGAGGCAGCCGUCUUGCCGCGUGUGCUUUCGCUUUUGUCGAGCUUCCGUGCGUAUCACGAUAUUGUCGUGCAAUGCACCCGCAAGACUGAAGUGCGAUCCUGGCGCACGCUUUUUGCCUACCUUCCGCCGCCACAAGAGCUGUUUGAAGAGUCGUUGCUGCGUGGCAGUCUCAAGACGGCCGGGGGCUACCUGCUGAUCUUGCACACAUUUGAUGCACUCGCCACAGCUAGUGAGCAAGGUGUUCGGCUUCUGAGACAGGCCAUGCAGGAGGGCGACUGGGAGCUGUGCAAAGAACUCGCACGUUUCUUAGCGGCCAUGGAUGAUAGUGGGCAGACGCUGAAGGAGGCUGUGGCGUUGGCCAACACCGCAGGUGCCGACGACGGCGAAGGCAGUGUCGCGUCUGGUCAUGCAGGCGGGCCGUCGUCUUCUCUCGCGGCGACUGGAGCCAGUAGUCGUCUUGCUGUUCCAGGGCGCAACAGCAAUACGAGCCAGUCCGAAUCGGAUGCUGUGUCUACUAGCGAUGAUGGAAAUAGCAUUGACUCAAGUACGGUCAGUGGGCAUUGA